AUGCAGAUCUCUCACAUUGUUUUGCUUCAAUUCAAGCCCGAUGUUGGUUCGGACAUCCAAGAGAAUGUCGCUAGUCGGAUCAAGGGUCUUAAAGACUCCUGCAUUCAUCCCGAGACCGGCAAGCCGUACAUCGUCAGCAUGAAGGGCGGUGUGGAUGUCUCCAUCGAGGGGUUGCAGAAUGGCAUCAGCCAUGCGUUCGUCUCCGUGUUCGAGAACGCCAGCGAUCGCGAUUACUUCGCCAAGACGGAUCCGGUGCACAUUGCCCUGGUGAAGGAUGUCUUGCAGUAUCUGGAGCGGGUGCAGGUAGUGGACUUUGUUGACGGGCAGCUGAUUUAAUGUGCUGAUAUCAUGGUACACGG